AUGUAUCGUUGCACGGCGGGUAAGCUCUCUCUGAGAGCCGUUCACGCCUCGAGGUUCUUGCACACCUCGUCCAAAUCACAGAUCGCUUCGGCAAGCCGUCAGAAUGCUCUCGUCGCAGGUCGGAAACCGUUGGCCGUGGUGGCUUGUAGCUCUAUGCAGCGCAGAAGCUAUGCCAUUGCGGCCGGCGAAUUCAACAAAGGCGUAGACCCGAACGACUCGUUCCUCUCAGGCAAUGCGGCAAACUACAUUGACGAGAUGUACCUAGCCUGGAAACAAGAUCCUUCCUCCGUUCACGUCUCAUGGCAAGCUUACUUCCACAACAUGGAAGAAGGCAACAUGCCCGUGUCUCGAGCCUUCCAGCCUCCGCCAGGCUUGAUCUCCCAAGCCGAGGGCGCAGCUGGUAUCGCCCCCAGCGCCUUUCCCGCCGGCGACGUCGACGUCACGAACCAUCUCAAAGUCCAACUGCUCGUCCGCGCUUACCAGGCUACUGGCCACCACAAAGCAAAGACUGAUCCUCUUGGAAUCCGUGGAGAGGCGGAGGCAUUUGGAUACCGCAGACCCAAGGAACUCGAACUGGACCACUACGGUUUCACGGAAGCUGAUCUCGAUCAAGAGUUCACCCUCGGGCCUGGUAUCUUGCCCAGAUUCGCCACGGAGACGCGCAAAAAGAUGAAACUCCGCGAUAUUAUCGCUGCUUGUGAAAAGAUUUACUGCGGUUCCUACGGCGUCGAAUAUAUCCACAUCCCGCAUCGAGAGCAGUGUGACUGGAUCAGAAACAGAAUCGAAGUCCCAACGCCCUACAAGUAUUCCGUGGAUGACAAGCGUCGUAUUUUGGACCGGUUAAUUUGGAGCUCCAGUUUCGAGAGCUUCCUGGCCACCAAGUACCCCAACGACAAACGUUUUGGUUUGGAAGGUUGCGAAUCGCUGGUGCCGGGUAUGAAAGCCAUGAUUGACCGCAGCGUCGACUACGGCAUCAAGGAUAUUGUGAUUGGUAUGCCGCACAGAGGACGGCUGAACGUGUUGAGCAACGUCGUUCGCAAGCCCAAUGAGUCGAUUUUUAGUGAAUUUUCCGGCACGGCAGAAGCGGGUGACGAAGGCUCGGGUGAUGUGAAAUAUCAUCUCGGAAUGAACUUUGAACGUCCAACCCCGUCCGGCAAGCGCGUCCAAUUGUCGCUGGUCGCAAAUCCGUCCCAUCUGGAAGCCGAAGAUCCCGUUGUGCUUGGCAAGACUCGUGCCAUUCAACAUUACAACAAUGAUGAGAAGAAGCACCAGACCGCCAUGGGUGUUUUGCUGCACGGUGACGCUGCCUUUGCUGCGCAGGGUGUUGUAUACGAGACCCUGGGUUUGCACGCCCUGCCCGCAUACUCCACGGGCGGCACCAUUCACAUUAUCGUGAACAACCAGAUUGGUUUCACGACCGACCCUAGAUUCGCUCGGUCGACACCUUACUGUUCCGAUAUUGCCAAGGCCAUUGACGCCCCUGUUUUCCAUGUUAACGGUGACGACGUGGAAGCGGUAAACUUUGUUUGCCAGCUUGCCGCUGACUGGAGAGCCGAUUUCAAAAAGGACUGUGUCAUCGACAUUGUCUGCUAUCGUAAGCAGGGUCACAACGAAACCGAUCAACCGUCCUUCACCCAACCUUUGAUGUACAAGCGAAUCUCGCAGCAAAAGCCCCAACUGGACAAGUAUGUUGAAAGACUGCUGGAGGAGGGCACCUUUGCCAAGGAGGACAUCGAGGAGCACAAGAAAUGGGUAUGGGGAAUGCUGAACGACAGUUUCGACCGAAGCAAAGACUACCAGCCCACCGGAAGGGAGUGGUUGACGUCCGCAUGGAAUGGAUUCAAGACGCCCAAGGAACUGGCAACCGAGGUGCUCCCGCAUCCACCAACUGGCGUGGACCGUGAUGUGUUGAGCUUGAUCGGAGACAAGAUCAGCUCGGCGCCCGAGGGCUUCCAUGUCCACCGAAAUCUUAAGCGUAUUCUUGGUGGCAGAAAGAAGGCUAUUGAUGACGGCACGGGUAUUGAUUGGGCCACUGCUGAAGCUCUGGCUUUUGGUACUCUGUGUCUCGAGGGCCAUCACGUCCGAGUUUCGGGUCAGGAUGUUGAGCGUGGCACAUUCUCUCAGCGCCAUGCCGUCUUGCAUGACCAGGAGAACGAGGAAACUUAUACUCCGCUCAACAACCUGUCCAAAGACCAGGGAGCUUUCACCAUUUCCAACUCUUCCCUGAGCGAGUUCGGCGUUCUCGGUUUUGAAUACGGUUACUCACUGUCGUCUCCGAAUGCGCUUGUCAUGUGGGAAGCGCAAUUCGGUGACUUUGCCAACAAUGCCCAAUGUAUCAUUGAUCAGUUCAUCGCCUCGGGCGAAGUGAAAUGGUUGCAGAGAUCAGGUCUGGUGAUGUCGCUGCCUCACGGUUACGAUGGCCAAGGCCCUGAGCACUCUUCAGGACGUAUUGAACGGUAUCUUCAGCUUUGCAACGAGGAACCUCGUGUUUUCCCAUCGCCAGACAAGCUCGAGAGACAGCACCAAGACUGCAACAUGCAGGUCGCAUACAUGACCACUCCUGCCAACUACUUCCACAUUCUCCGCCGACAGAUGAACAGACAAUUCCGAAAACCUCUUAUUGUCUUCUUCUCGAAAUCUCUGCUGCGUCACCCGCUGGCCCGUUCCGACAUUGACGACUUUAUCGGAGAUUCGCACUUCCAAUGGAUCAUUCCUGAGACUGAACAUGGCAAGUCCAUUAACGACCCCGAUGAGAUCGACCGUAUCAUCUUGUGUACGGGUCAGGUGUAUGCCGCGCUUCACAAACAUCGUGCCGACAAAGGCAUCAAGAACGCUGCCAUUACCCGUAUCGAGCAGCUUAAUCCGUUCCCAUGGGCACUGUUGAAGGAGAACUUGGACACCUACAAGAACGCCAAGACCAUUGUGUGGUGUCAGGAAGAACCCUUGAACGCCGGUGCCUGGAGCUUCGUCCAGCCCCGCAUUGAGACGCUUCUGAACGAGACGCAAUACCACAACAGACGACACGUGAUGUACGCAGGACGUGAUCCUUCGGCGUCGGUUGCCACUGGAUUGAAGGCCACUCAUGUCAAGGAGGAGCAGACCCUCCUGGAGGAUGCUUUCAGAGUCAAGCAGGACAAAUUGAAGGGUGAGUGA